AAAUAUUAUUAAUAAAACACAAAAUCACAACAAUUUCAAUCUCUCCAACUCCAACCUUUCUUCCUUUGGUGACAUUGUCAUCAUCUUAGCCAAAGACAAUAAACGAAAGAGAGGAGAGAAUACUCGAACCCAAUCGCCAAUCAAUCAUUCAAUCAAUCGAAGAGAGAGAAUUUUAGAACACAAACAAUGGUGGGUUGUUGUCCUCCUAUGGAUCUGAUGAGGUCCGAAGAGAUGCAAUUGGUUCAACUCAUCAUUCCUCUCGAAUCUUCUCAUCUCACGGUCUCUUAUCUCGGUGAUCUCGGCCUUGUCCAAUUCAAAGAUUUGAACGCAGAUAAGAGUCCUUUUCAGCGAACGUAUGCAAAUCAGAUUAAAAAAUGUGGAGAGAUGGCACGCAGAUUAAGAUAUUUCAGGGAACAAAUGUCAAAUGCUGGCAUUUCAGCUCCACCAAUGUCUUUUACUCGCUCUGAUAUCAAAGUGGACGAUUUGGAGGUGAAACUUGGAGAGUUAGAAACUGAGCUUUCUGAGAUGAAUGCAAACCAUGAGAAGUUACAGCGCACGUAUAAUGAACUUGUCGAGUAUAAAUUGGUCUUGCAGAAGGCUGGGGAAUUCUUCCAUGCUGCUCAAAGAAGUGCUCUCUCUCAGCACAGAGAAGCAGACACACAGCAAACUGAGGAAUCUUUGGACACACCUUUACUGUUGGACCAAGACAAGUCAGUUGAUCCUACAAAGCCUAUCCAGCUGGGUUUUUUGACGGGUCUCGUACCUAGAGAAAAAUCUAUGGCAUUUGAAAGGAUCUUGUUUCGUGCUACUAGGGGCAAUGUUUUUGUAAGGCAGACUGCCGUAGAGAAUCCUGUGACCGACCCUGCUUCAGGAGAGAAGGUAGAGAAAAAUGUCUUCAUAAUAUUCUAUUCUGGAGAACGAGCAAAGAACAAAAUUCUUAAGAUCUGUGAAGCAUUUGGAGCUAACCGUUACCCUUUUAGUGAGGAUUUUGGCAAACAAGAUCAGAUGCUGAAAGAAGUUUCUGGAAGACUUUCGGAGUUGAGGACUACAAUUGAUGCUGGACUUCUGCAUCGUGGCAACUUAUUGCAAACUAUUGGUGAUCAAUUUGAGCAAUGGAACCUUCUGGUGAGGAAGGAGAAAUCCAUUUACCACAUAUUGAACAUGCUUAGCAUGGAUGUAACGAAAAAAUGUCUUGUGGCAGAAGGGUGGUGUCCAGUUUUUGCAACAAAACAGAUCCAAGAUGCAUUGCACAGGGCAACAUUGGACUCAAAUUCACAAGUUGAAGCUAUAUUUCAGGUUCUGUAUACAAGGGAGUCACCACCAACAUAUUUUAGGACAAACAAAUUUACUUCUGCUUUUCAGGAAAUUGUUGAUGCAUAUGGGAUUGCUCGGUAUCAAGAAGCAAAUCCAACUGUAUACACAGUCGUUACUUUCCCAUUCCUAUUUGCAGUCAUGUUUGGUGAUUGGGGGCAUGGUAUAUGCUUGUUACUUGCAACCUUAUACCUGGUAUUCCGGGAAAAGAAGCUUGCCAGUCAGAAACUGGGGGACAUCAUGGAGAUGAUGUUUGGAGGUCGUUAUGUCAUUCUGAUGAUGGCCAUCUUUUCGAUUUAUACUGGCUUCAUUUACAACGAGUUCUUUUCAGUGCCAUUCCCAAUGUUUGGAAAGUCGGCUUAUGAAUGCCGCGAUCCUUCCUGCAAGGAUGCGACUACAGAUGGUUUGAUUAAAGUGAGAGACGCUUACCCAUUUGGAUUGGAUCCUGUAUGGCAUGGUUCUCGAAGUGAGUUACCUUUUCUUAACUCUCUGAAGAUGAAAAUGUCAAUCCUCCUUGGUGUUGCUCAAAUGAACCUGGGGAUCAUAAUGAGUUUCUUUAAUGCCAAGUUCUUCAGAAGUUGUGUGGAUAUAUGGUUCCAAUUCAUUCCUCAGAUGAUUUUCUUGAACAGUUUGUUUGGUUACCUCUCUGUUCUCAUUAUUGUGAAAUGGUGCACUGGUUCUAAAGCUGAUUUAUAUCACAUCAUGAUUUACAUGUUUUUGAGCCCUACUGAUGAAUUGGGUGAAAACCAACUUUUCCCUGGCCAGAAGACAGCUCAGAUGGUUCUGCUGUUGUUAGCCCUUGUGUCUGUACCUUGUAUGCUGCUUCCAAAGCCUUUUAUUCUGAAAGCUCAGCACCAAAGUAGGCACCAAGGUGAAUCUUAUAUUCCCCUACAAGCAGAAGAAAGCCUUCAAGUGGAAGCGCCGCAUGGUUCACAUGGUGAUCAUGAGGAGUUUGAAUUCAGUGAAGUGCUAGUGCAUCAGCUCAUUCAUACAAUUGAGUUUGUACUUGGAGCUGUUUCUAAUACUGCUUCAUACCUUCGUUUAUGGGCGUUAAGCUUGGCCCACUCGGAAUUAUCUUCAGUUUUUUAUGACAAGGUUUUGAUGUUAGCAUGGGGGUACAAUAAUGUGCUUAUAUUGAUAAUUGGUAUAAUUGUCUUUGUCUUUGCGACUGUCGGAGUCUUGCUGGUCAUGGAAACCCUUAGCGCUUUCCUACAUGCACUGCGUCUCCAUUGGGUGGAAUUUCAGAACAAGUUUUACUUGGGAGAUGGUUACAAAUUUCUUCCUUUCUCGUUCUCAUUGAUUGGUGAAGAAGACGAGUGAAUGAAUGAAUAUCUCAGAGAUAAGUUUAAGCUUUUUCGCUGGAAUUAUGCGAGUUGAUAUUUGAAUUCUUUAUUUAUCAAGCUUCCUGUAGAUGGAAGUUGGGAAUACCCUUUUGAGGGACAUUUGCGAGAAUUAGUUUGCACAGUGAAGAGAACCAGCCCUUCCAAUUGAUUAUUUGUAUUUGGAAGAAAUAAUAGGCCUUGGAGGGAAGUUACUGGCCGUGUAUCAUAACAUAUCUGUUGGUUUUUGUGUGUUAUUAUGUUCAAUAAGUUAAUUCCUUCGAAUAUUACAAUUCAUAAUUUAAAACCCUUAUCCUCAAUAAGUUAAUAUUACUUGAAUGAUUGUAAUUAUUAUCUUAAGCCCUUGCACCAGUAUGGCGAUUUCGACAUCUGCCAUGGUGCAUAGACAGCUCAAUGCUCUGAUUAGUUUUUGUAAACUUUUCUACUAGAGAACUAUCAAAUGAAACUAUGUGAAUUUAUAUUUUUUUUAUGAAAUUUGAAUUACUUUUA